UCUUAUUUGCUCUCAUUUCAGAGAAAUAAAAUUAAUCUUCUCUAUAUUCUCUUAUUAAUCCUAGCAGCUACCUUACACCCCUACUUGAAUCAAAUGGAUACUAACCAGAUCAAGAAGAUUCAAGCUAUGAACAAGUACAAGAAGCACCAAUUCCUAGAAAAUUUACAUUUUUAUUCCUUAACAGCAUUAAUAUGUAGUUUAUUUUGCUGUGUCACACUUUGCUUACCCUAUCUUUCUUCAAUCUUGGUGUACAUAUCAAGUUUAAUUCCACUUCUUUUGAGUUCAAAACUCCUAUUCAUCCUUUGUAACAUCAUCAUUGUUGUCCUUAUGAUGAACUCCAAAAUCCUAUCUUCAGAUUCGUCUUCAAAUUCUGAUGUUUACCUUGAUGAGUACAUUCAAAGUAGUCAUACUACAAAGCCUCAGAUUCAAAGUUUUGAAGUCAACAAAACUAAAACUUUUGAGAAACAUGUUGAGGAGAAUAUUAUGAACAUUUUUGAGAAACAUGUUGGACAUAACACUAUAACCUUAAAGAGAAACGUAUGGAUUAAGGAAACUACAAAAACAUGGGGAGCCAAAGAAGAUGGUGAUCUUGAUGAAGGAGAUGAACAAAGUAAUUCGGUUGCUUUUCGUUCUGAUGAAUUGAGUAGAAGGGCUGAAGAUUUCAUUGCAAGAGUAAAUAGGCAUAGGAAACUAGAACUUAGUCGUUUGCAAAAUGGUUGUUACUAGACUAAUAAUAGUGUAGUGAAGGGUGCAUGAGUUUUCCAUCUAUAAUGUCCGUGUGACACAUGUUAACAUAGUCAAUUGAUGGAACAAAUUAAAGAAACCAUUAUAAAAAGCUUAAUGGUUUUGUUAGCAAGUUUUGAUCAAAAUCCAAUAUUUAAACUUUUUUUUUUUUACUCCGUUUUGGGAUAUAUAAAUAUGUCACUUGAAUUCACAUAUGAAAA